GAUUUAAUCAUUUGACUGCAUACCAUUUUUCCCACAGGACUAGCGCCUCAUUUAGUGUAAACGAAGGACAGUGUCUGGGAAUGGAGCUGGUCUCUGCAUUUCCUUGACUGCAUUUCCAUGUGUGACUACAAGCCCUAUUUACCACCGUACAACCCGAAGAAUGCACAGCAUUCAGAACCACCAGCUUCUUCAUUAGGUUUUCUGAGAUGGCUUUACUUCAGCAUCGGAGUAUUUUCUAUUGCAGAGUAGAAAACCAUGGGAAAUUUUAAAGGCCAUGCCCUCCCUGGAAGCUUUUUCCUUCUUUUUGGCUUGUGGUGGUCAGUGAAGUACCCCCUGAAAUAUGUCUGCCGAAAGAACAAGAGCGCUUGCUACCUGGGCUCCAGGGCAGGACUUCAGCGCCUGGAAUUUGUUGAGGGGAUCAUCAAAGCUGUCUUUGCCCUGAUUGGAAUGGUGGCUGAGCAAUUUGUUCCUGAUGGACCUCACCUGAAGUUGUAUAAUUAUGAGGAAAAGCACUGGGAUCACCUGAUGAACUGGCAGCACGCCACCAUGUAUCUCUUUUAUGGCAUAUCAGGCUUGGUCGACAUUGUGGCUCACGGUACUAAUGCGUUGCCAGUGGCCAUGGACAGGAUGAUGCUUUCGUUAGCAGUUUUUAUUGAAGGUUUUCUCUUUUGCUACCACCUUCAUGGGAGAGCCAUGCUGGAUAUUCAUGUUCAUCAGUUACUGCUGUUUGCUAUCUUUGGAGCUGCUGUUUGCAUAUUUCUGGAAGUUUUCUUCCGUGGCAGUAUUGUACUUGAGAUGCUCCGAACAAGCCUCUGCAUAUUACAAGGCAGCUGGUUCUGGCAGAUUGGCUUUGUUCUUUAUCCUCCAAACGGGAGCCCAGAGUGGAAUCAAACAGAUCAUACCAAUAUGAUGUUCCUGACCAUGUGCUAUUGCUGGCAUUAUGCUUUUGCUUUUCUUAUACUUGCAGUAAAUUACACAAUUGUCAGCUGGGCAGUUCGGUCAAAGAUUAAGCAGUCCCAGUCCAUGGAAAUGGGAUUACUGAAAACAUCUGAAAGAGAUCAGGAGUCAGAAGAUGAAAUCUAGUAUGAAUAUGGCUUGAUUAGUUUACCUGCUCUACCAUUAGGCUAAUUGAUACCUCAUUUUUCAAUUUGUUUACCAUCUUAUUCACUCUUUACUGCUACUUGCUAUGCAAAUAUCAUCCCCUGAGUAGAGUCUACAUCUACAGAAUUAGAUCUUUAUUUGCAGAAGGUAAACUUGGUAUUGAUUUGUGUUGGUUCCUCUAGUACUUUACUUAUCACAUGCUUCAAUGAAAAACAGACAUUCAACAAACUUGGACUGGGUGAGGUGGCAUUACCAAGUCUGUGUGUUAGAUUCAUUAAAACCUUAGCAAAAUAGUUUCCAUCUGCUGCUGAACAAAUGGUUGUUUCCGUAAUUCGGGUGUCCAAAUAAGUGUGUUUGUUGAACUGCAAAUAACACAGUGCAUAAACAACUCUGCAGACCUGGAAAAGAGUAGAACAACACAGAAGAUCAUAGUCUUACAGCUGUCUUGUAAAGCACGUUUGUGUCUUUGCUUGUGGCCUUAUGUUAAAUGGAAAGAACUACUCACAGCAAAGACCUUCAACAUUUCCUUGAAGAGUGUGCAGUGUGUUCACUCCCAAGCUUCUGAAGGAGGACCAGAGGGGUGUACAGUAAUUAAAAGUCACCGCAAUUAUUCCCUCCCUUGCCUAGAUGGUCCUGUACACUGCUGCAUGGUGAGCACUGGGAGGGUGGAGGUUUCCUUCAUAGUUGCUCCAUGUCUGGCUGGCCUCAGCACUCUCUCAAUAAUGACAAAAAAUACUGCUUUUUUAUUAUUAUUAUUGUAUUUAUUUUUUUCCACUGAACAAGCUGAAGCCAGGCCCAGGGUGCUCUCCCCAGCACUCAGUCUCACUUGGGACGUGCUCCAACCUCCACAAAUGCAGAAGCGAAAUAACUGAUACGUGGCAGAAGACGGCAGAAAAAUGAUGCUGUGUGUAAGCACACUGCCCUCAUGGGGCGGUCUCCUGCAGCCUGGCUCUUGCUCUCCUGAAGUCUUGCAAAGCCUGGCCUCAGCUGCUGGGCAGCAUACGCUCCAUUUUCUAGGGUCUGCUGGUGGCCAUGAGCCAUGUUGCGUGGCCGAAUGUGGUGAGGUGGUUCUUCUGGAAAAUAGCUUCUUCCCUUUAGAAUGCCUCUAUUAAAAUGUUAUUUUCUUA